AUGCGCUUAGAGCGCGCCCGCCUUCAAUUCUUCAUCGUCCUCACUCUGUCUGCCCUCACUGUCUAUCUUCAAUGGCUAGUAUUUCAGCGUUUCUUGGUGCGAAAUUGCACUGCUACACGACAAGCACAUGCACUUCUGCUUCAUGUAAUCCAAAACCUCGGCAUAUCUGCCUCGUCGUCCGUUGACACAAUUCCGCUAUCCCCGAGGCAUGCCGUCGUUCGUCGCCUCUCAUCCUCCCUCCUAUCACACACCAAUUGCCUCCCUACGCUCUCCCGCCGUGGGCGUAGAUCCCUGGAGUUUUCACUUCACGCAAAUACCCACACGGAUGGAGUCUUGCUGUAUAUCUUCUCGAUUAUUGGAGCGCGUAACCGAAUUGCGGUGGAACUUCAUUCUAAUGAUGAUGCGAAAAUUUGCACAAUGUUUGCCGUUCAUCAAGGCUGGCGUGUCGUAACCUUGGUUGAAAGCUGGGCGGGAUACGAUGCAGCUCAGAGGUGGUAUGAGCAGAAGGCUACCCAUGCGCUCAGUCGAUGGUCAGAAGCUGGAGUACAAGUACUAGACGCAGGACGCGUGGUAAGUACCGGGCUACCCGCGACAACUCGCACAGUCGGUAUUGGUGGCGUCGUGGACUUGGUGGUACUGUUUGCACAUGGCGGGGACGACAUUGCAAUCAUGUCGAGUUUGAAUGCCAGCUUGAAGCCCAGGGUGCUUGUGGUCAGAUAUGAAGAUUACUGGGGCUCUCACGUCAAAGCAGUCAGGACCUCUUUGCGCAGGGGUACGCUCAGUGAACGCUUGGAAGGUGCACAAGGUAUCGGGCAUGACUACUCGGGUGCGAGCGUGACAUCCUUGACUGAGGUGGCAGCACGCGUGGGCUAUCGUCUAGUCUGGUGUCUUGCAAAUGAACCUAUCGCAAUUCUUGUAGACUGCAAAGCUGGUGCUGGGGACGGGUUGGAGACAGUGGAUCCCGCCAGUUGCAUCAAAAUGAGAAACACCGGUACUAAGUGGAGGAGAGACAUGGAAGCCAUGUGGGACGAAGCGCAAGAGUAUGAUUGGGACGAAUAUUCAUGA